GUCGCCGCCGCCAUUUUAGCUCCUGGUUCCGGCCGCACGGUGUGAGCUGUUGUAGCGGGAGGGGUGGGGGUCCUCCAGAGUUAAGUAGCUGUCCUCGACUAGCGCUCAUACAGCUGCUAGUUUCUUUUCUUUUUUCCUUCAUAACCGCCCGCUCAAAAAGUGCGAAGAUGUCCAAGCGGCACCGGUUGGACCUGGGGGAGGAUUACCCCUCCGGCAAGAAGCGUGCGGGGACCGAUGGGAAGGAUCGAGAUCGUGACCGGGAUCGCGAAGAUCGGUCUAAAGAUCGAGACCGAGAACGUGAUAGAGGAGAUAGAGAGCGGGAGAGGGAAAAAGAAAAGGAGAAGGAAUUGCGAGCUUCAACUAAUGCUAUGCUUAUCAGUGCUGGAUUACCACCUUUAAAAGCUUCCCAUUCAGCUCACUCAACCCACUCGGCACAUUCAGCACACUCAACACAUUCUGCUCAUUCAACACACACUGGACAUGCAGGACACACAUCACUUCCACAGUGCAUUAAUCCAUUCACCAACUUACCCCACACUCCUCGAUACUAUGACAUUUUAAAGAAACGGCUUCAGCUUCCUGUUUGGGAAUACAAGGAUAGGUUUACAGAUAUUCUGGUUAGACAUCAGUCCUUUGUAUUGGUUGGUGAGACUGGGUCUGGUAAAACAACACAGAUUCCACAGUGGUGUGUGGAGUACAUGCGGUCAUUACCGGGACCCAAGAGAGGAGUUGCCUGUACCCAGCCCAGGAGAGUGGCUGCGAUGAGUGUGGCUCAGAGAGUUGCUGACGAAAUGGAUGUGAUGUUGGGCCAGGAAGUUGGUUAUUCCAUUCGAUUUGAAGACUGCAGUAGUGCAAAAACUAUUCUUAAGUAUAUGACUGAUGGGAUGUUACUUCGUGAGGCUAUGAAUGAUCCCCUACUGGAGCGUUAUGGUGUAAUAAUUCUUGAUGAGGCUCAUGAAAGGACACUGGCUACAGAUAUUCUCAUGGGUGUUCUUAAGGAAGUUGUAAGACAGAGAUCAGAUUUAAAGGUUAUAGUUAUGAGUGCUACUCUAGAUGCAGGAAAGUUCCAGAUUUACUUUGAUAACUGUCCUCUCUUAACUAUUCCUGGGCGUACACAUCCUGUUGAGAUUUUUUAUACUCCAGAACCAGAGAGAGAUUAUCUUGAAGCAGCAAUUCGAACAGUGAUCCAAAUUCAUAUGUGUGAAGAGGAGGAGGGAGAUCUUCUACUUUUCUUAACUGGUCAAGAGGAAAUUGAUGAAGCCUGUAAGAGAAUAAAGCGUGAGGUUGAUGAUUUGGGCCCUGAAGUUGGUGACAUUAAAAUCAUUCCAUUGUACUCUACACUUCCACCUCAGCAGCAGCAACGCAUUUUUGAGCCACCACCUCCAAAAAAACAGAAUGGAGCAAUUGGAAGAAAGGUAGUUGUGUCAACUAACAUUGCAGAGACAUCUUUGACAAUAGAUGGUGUGGUGUUUGUGAUUGAUCCUGGAUUUGCGAAACAAAAGGUAUAUAAUCCUCGAAUCAGAGUUGAGUCCCUUUUAGUGACAGCUAUUAGUAAAGCUUCAGCUCAACAAAGGGCUGGUCGAGCUGGACGUACCAGGCCUGGGAAAUGCUUCAGACUUUACACAGAGAAAGCUUAUAAAACAGAAAUGCAGGAUAACACCUAUCCUGAGAUUUUGCGUUCUAAUUUAGGAUCAGUUGUGUUACAAUUGAAGAAACUUGGUAUUGAUGAUUUAGUGCAUUUUGAUUUUAUGGAUCCACCAGCUCCUGAAACUUUGAUGAGAGCCCUAGAACUUUUGAAUUAUCUGGCUGCUUUAAAUGAUGAUGGAGAUUUGACAGAAUUGGGAUCCAUGAUGGCAGAGUUUCCUCUAGAUCCACAGCUCGCUAAAAUGGUUAUUGCAAGUUGUGACUACAACUGUUCUAAUGAGGUCCUAUCUAUUACUGCUAUGUUGUCAGUCCCACAGUGUUUUGUUCGCCCCACGGAGGCCAAGAAAGCCGCAGAUGAGGCCAAGAUGAGAUUUGCCCACAUAGAUGGAGAUCAUCUGACACUGCUGAAUGUCUACCACGCUUUUAAACAAAAUCAUGAAUCGGUUCAGUGGUGUUAUGACAACUUCAUUAACUACAGGUCCCUGAUGUCUGCAGACAAUGUACGCCAGCAGCUAUCACGAAUUAUGGACAGAUUUAAUUUGCCUCGUCGAAGUACUGACUUUACAAGCAGGGACUAUUAUAUUAAUAUAAGAAAAGCUUUGGUUACUGGGUAUUUCAUGCAGGUGGCGCAUUUAGAACGAACAGGGCAUUACUUAACUGUGAAAGAUAACCAGGUGGUUCAGUUACAUCCUUCUACUGUUCUUGACCACAAGCCUGAAUGGGUGCUUUAUAAUGAGUUUGUGCUAACAACAAAGAAUUACAUCCGGACGUGUACGGAUAUCAAGCCAGAAUGGUUGGUGAAAAUUGCCCCUCAAUAUUAUGACAUGAGCAAUUUCCCACAGUGUGAAGCAAAGAGACAGUUGGAUCGCAUCAUUGCCAAACUUCAAUCCAAGGAAUAUUCACAGUACUGAAUUCAGUGCUUAGAACUGAAGUUAUUCAGAGGACAGCUUUAAAAGAUGAAUGAACUCAAAAGUUCAAGUUGUGCUCUUCACGUUGGUUCAAUAAUGGCCUUUAUUUGAAAGCUUUUUAAUUUUUCUUUACAGUAAAUAUUCCAUUCUGAUUUCAUAAAUUAAACAUUUAUGCCUCCUUUUUGUGUUGACACUGUAGUUCAUACUGGAAAAGUCGAUCAAUGUUUUGCAGUUUAUUGAAAGUAGUUCUAUAUAUAACAAUGUUAUAAGCAUUUUUUUAGAAAUGGUUGAAAAUGCUUCUAAAAUGUGAUUAUCGACCAUGGUAUGCAUGAUCGUUGUAAUUGUUGACAUUCCUUUUAGAAGUUGUGAAAUGUUACAACUUGUGCUUAUGUAGACACAAUCUUCUGUCUCAGUACAGAGGCACUGACUUCAAUAAAGUCUAUUUAUACUAA